AUGUGUCAAGCCGACGUGAAUACCGGUAUGAUAACCUUCAGUAAUGAUACUACAACAAUAAAACCAAAUCGAAGCGAUGAAAAUCCAUCGUAUAUUCAAACAUCGUCUCUUCAUGAUGAUGAACUUGGUCUUGCUAUUGGUGGUGGAGUCAUCUUUCUUCUUGUCUUGUGUCUUCUAUUCUAUAAUCUUCAACGACGUAAACAACGAUCAAUACCGGUGAUACCGUCCGAACAAGUAACAGUACCGGUUCCACCAUCGUCGGUAUUGUACGCACCAGAGAAAACAUCAUUUGUUUCAUCGUCCAUUUCUUUUGGUUCACGUUUAUCAUGUUUUGAAGAUAAAGAAAAGUUUGAAAUUUGGUCGACUCCUCAAAUUCAAAGUGUACGAUUAAGUGUGAGUACAAUUCUAUUAGAUGAACUUAUAGCCCGUGGAAAUACAAGUGAAAUCUAUCGUGGCUCGUAUCAGAAUCAAGUUCGUGCAAUUAAGAAACCAUUUCCACAUUGGAUACGUUCUCGGGAACAUUUGGAAACAUUUUUUCAACAUAUUUCAAUCUUUGCAUCUUCAUCAUUUCAACAUCCACAUCUUGUCACUUUCUUUGGAGUCGCAUGGCGUUCACUUGCUUAUGUUUGUAUUGUAAUGGAAUUUAUGGCUCAAGGUGAUUUAGCAUGUUAUUUACAACAACAGAAGUUGAUGUUAAAACAGGAAGAAUGGACUCAACGAGGAUUUAAUCGAAAAAAAGUGAUAAUAGCAUCACAAAUUGCAAAUGCACUCACGUUCUUGCACGCACAAGGACUUGUACAUGGAGCUGUACGAUCACGUCAUGUGUUAUUAGAUGAUCAAUUGAAUGCUAAACUUACUGGAUAUCAAGGAAGUCAAGUUUGGAAUGAAAAGAUUGAUGAUGUUGUCAUGUCUGUACCCACAGGACGACUUGUACGCACGCGAUUUGAUGCUUUGUAUCAUGCACCGGAAGUUUUACGUGGACAAUGUACGAACGCAAAAACAGAUGUUUUUGCGUUUGGACUCUUACUUGCAGAAUUGGACUCACUCAUGCCUCCUUAUGCGUACACUCGAGUACAAAAUAGUGACAAUAGAUUGGAAUUAAUUGAAAAAGUGGCUGCAGGACAUGUACAUGUUCACUUUGCGAGUUCGAAACGUCGACAUGGAGAUCGUACAGUACAAAAUGAUCGUCAACUGACUCAAGCAGUUGUACGAUUAGGCAAAGCGUGCGUGAAACUUGAUGCGUUUCAACGUCCUUCAGCUGCUCAAGUUUUGACUGAACUUCAGAAACUUUUGCAAACAUACAUUCGAACGAACACGUGA